AUGUCUGAAUCAAGUUGUUUUAGUUAUGGGGACAAUGGAACAUUUUCGCCACCUAUGGAUGUAACAAAUCAAAUACAAAAUGGAAUGCAACAUGCAAGUGGAAAUUCGAAUUAUUCAAGUGGUUCGGGUGGAGAUUCACCAACUUCAUUAAGUCCUGCUCCAUUGUCAUCCGGUGGUCCAUUUAGUGGCAUUGGCGGGAAUUCGAAUUCAUCAACAAGCUCAACACCAACAGCAACAACAAGUGGUGCCGCCGCUGCUGCUGCUGCAUCUCGUUAUGCUUGUGUUAUCUGCGGAGAUAAAGCAUCGGGAAAACAUUAUGGAGUUCAUAGUUGCGAAGGUUGUAAAGGUUUUUUUAAACGUACUGUACGAAAAGAUUUAACAUAUACUUGUCGAGAUAAUCGUGAUUGCAUCAUUGAUAAACGACAACGUAAUCGAUGUCAAUAUUGUCGUUAUCAAAAAUGUUUAAAUGUUGGCAUGAAAAGAGAAGCUGUUCAAGAUGAACGACAAAAAUCUGGCAUGAGUGGAGAAGGUGAAUCACCAUCAUCACCAACUGCAAGUACAGGUAGUGGUAGUAAUCAUAUGAAUAUGGGUAUUGGCUCAUCUGGCUCAGUUGGUGAUGAUGAAAUGUUAAUUGAAAAAUUAAUAGCUGCAGAAUUAGCUGUUGAACCAAAAUUUACAACAUUUCAUGAAGAAGAUUGUUCAUAUGAACGUCUUUCAUCAACAACUAAUACUCAACUUGCUCAAUUAAUUGAAUGGGCUAGACGUGUACCACAUUUUGCUACUUUAUCAAUUGAUGAUCAAGUUGCACUUGUAAAAGCAUCAUGGAGAGAUAUUUUAUGUUGUUCAUUGGCUUUCAGAUCAAUGAAGGCACCAGAUUGUGGUUUAAUUUUAUCUGAUGGUUCAUAUGUUCGCCCACAUACAGCAGUUGAUCAGUCUCUUCAAUUUUUUAUAACUCGUCUUUAUCAUGAUGUUGUGACAAUAUUACGUGAAUUAAAUGUCGACAAAGUUGAAAUAACAUGUCUUAAAGCUAUAUUUCUUUUUGAUCCUGAUGCGAAAGAUAUUGUCGAUACAUCUCGUAUAUCUGAAUUGCGUGAAAAAGUUUGUAUGUCAUUAGCAUCGUAUUGCAAAAAGGCACACAGUGAUGAUGUUGCUCGUUUUGCUAAAUUACUUCUUCGUAUGCCACCUAUUCGUGGUUGGUGUAUAAAAGGUAUUGAAAACUUAUUUUUCUCUGGUGUUCAACGACCACCCGAUAACGACAUUGCCAACAUGAUGCGAAAUCGUUAA